AUGUCGUGCGCGGUGCCGGACCUGGACGAUUGGCUGCAAGACCGGGCGCAAAUGGAGGCCUUGCUCCGGCAACACCUGCUUCGUGCUCGUCAGCAAAUGAAGGAGUCCGCAGACAAGAAGAGAUCAGUCCGCGUGUUCGCAGUGAAAGACUGGGUGUUCCUGAAGAUUCAACCAUACAUUCAACGGUCGCUAGCUACGAGAGCUAACCGAAAACUGUCCUUCCGGUAUUUUGGUCCUUUUCAGGUGGUGCAACAAGUCGGCCAAGUCACCUACAAGCUUCAGCUUCCCGCCUCAUGCAGCAUCCACCCUGUCUUUCACGUGUCCCAGCUGCGCCGGGCCUUGCUGCCAGUGGAACAAGCCCUAGACGAGCUGCCAGCGGAGGCAGCGCCCAACCCCGAACCCGUGGAGAUCCUCGACACUCGCCUUCACCAUUGCGGUACGGCUCUGGUUCCUCAAGUACUCAUUCGCUGGACGGGGCAACCGGCUUCUGUGGCGACUUGGGAAGAUCGCGAGGAGCUCCAACACCAUUACCCAGCCGCUCCAGCUUGGGGACAAGCUGAUUCUCAAGAAGGGGGGAAUGUUACGGACCAACCUACUACCACUGCCACAGCGGCCCGUCAAGGCGAUGGAGUGCAGCAACGGACCCGGAGAGCCCACGAGCCCAACAAGCGCUACACCGGUCCAGAGUGGACGAUCUAA